CCGGGCCCGCCCCCAGCACGCUCCUGGGCUCCAUACUUACUAGCACUUGCCCGCAGGUAUCCGGGGUUCUUAGAGCGAGAAGGCAGUUGGCGGUGGUUGGACUGAAGCAAUGAGCGCUUUCUCGCGGCCUCAGAAUGAAAUGCGGCUGGCGGGAGCCGACGGCCAGUCGCAGUACCAGCGGUUAAGCCAGAAGAUGCUGGACAUUUCUGGGGACGGGGGCGUGUUGAAGGAUGUCAUCCGAGAAGGUGCUGGAGAUUUGGUGACACCGGACGCCUCUGUGCUUGUGAAAUACUCUGGAUACCUGGAGCACAUGGACAAGCCUUUUGAUUCUAACUGCUUUAGGAAAACACCUCGUCUAAUGAAGCUUGGCGAGGAUAUCACACUUUGGGGCAUGGAGCUGGGCCUGCUGACCAUGCGGAAGGGGGAGCUGGCCAGGUUUCUGUUCAAGCCAACCUAUGCCUAUGGAGCUUUGGGCUGCCCACCCCUCAUCCCUCCAAAUGCCACUGUUCUGUUUGAAAUUGAGCUACUUGACUUCCUUGACUCUGCUGAGUCGGACAAGUUCUGUGCCCUCUCAGCUGAGCAACAAGACCAGUUUCCACUGCAGAAAGUCCUCAAAGUGGCAACGACCGAAAAGGACCUUGGCAACUACCUUUUCCGCCAGAAUCGCUUCUAUGAUGCCAAAGUGAGGUAUAAACGGGCCUUGGUGCUGCUGCACCGGCGAGUGGUACCCCCUGAAGAGCAGCACCUGGUAGAGGCCACCAAGCUCCUCAUUCUCCUGAACCUGUCCUUGGCAUACUUGAAGCUGCAUCGACCUGCCACAGCUCUGCGCUAUGGAGAGCAGGCUCUGGUCAUUGACCAAAAGAAUGCCAAGGCCCUCUUCAGGUGUGGACAGGCCUGUGUCCUCCUGACUGACUACGAGCAGGCCCGGGAUUUCCUAGUUCGCGCCCAGAAGGAGCAGCCCUUCAAUCAUGACAUCAAUAAUGAGUUGAAGAAACUGGCCAGCUAUUACAGGGACUACAUGGAUAGAGAGAGAGAAAUGUGUCACCGAAUGUUUGCUUCUCAUGAAAAUGGCUCCACAGUGGGAGAGCACUGAAGAUUCCUCAUUUGACUGCACCAAGAGAGCUACAUGGGCAGUGGAGCUGAGUCACAGCUGGAAGAGCUCCCGGCAUGUGGCAGCCCCCCCUCGCCAGGCCUGACCGGGACAGACCUGUGGAAUCCAAGUGCUGUUUCUGUUUCUUUGUGUUUCACAGGCAGCAGGGGGAAAGAUAGCUACUGACAAGUAGAAAACUGCUACUUUUUAAAGGCAGUUUCUUGUGUUUUGGGGAGGAAUUAGUCCUUGGCAUUUGUCCCAGCCCCAGCCCCCCUUCUGGCUGCUCACCUCCCCUGGUAAAUACAAAUAGAGAUUGUUUUGUGGUUCUCCUGGCUUCUCCGUUUUGAAGACAGAAUUAUGUUACAAAUGUUUUUGCCGUAAAUAAACAUUCCCUUGUCCUGCAAGACCCAGCAGGGUGGACUGUUUGAAUUCUGCAGGUGAAGCACAGCUGUGGCAGAACCAGCAGGGAAGGGGAGCUCCCACCCCUUCACCUAAUAACACUGUGUCGAUGUCCGCUCCCGGCCGGCAGGAAGGACACACGACAAAGUCUGGUAGUGGACAACCUUUUCUUUUUAUUUUCCUUCUCCGUACAGCCUGCCCUGGGAUCGCUCCCAGCCGAAGCCUCCUUUGGUCCGCUCCCCGCGGCUCCUUCUGGGCUUCUACUUCCGGGCUUCUUCUUCCCCCCCAGGGGUGGCACCAGUAUAUAUACGGAUACAGUGUCCAAUCAUGUUAAAGUGAGCAAGGCAAGCUGAUUGGCUAACAUCAUCAGUUGCCAGGCAGACUAUAUUGUUGAGCGGGUUGUUUACGCGGUAAGCAGGAAACUAACAUAUUCGAUGGGAGGGGUAAUCUACCUCAGGCUUUGCUCUUUACCACAGGCCGCACGUCCGCCGCGCAAGGCGAGCUAUCACAGACGCGGCUCCCAACAACACUGUGCCUGAGGGUGCCCUGAAUCCCACUCCCUCCUGUGGGAGCUGUUAAAAGGCAAGUUAGUGGGACACUUUGAAGCCCGUUAACCCCCCUCAUCCCUGGACCCUGGGGGCUCCCUGCCCGCUUCGCAGGCUGGCCUCCCAGCAAGACCCUGGUUCUUAUUCUGUGCCACCCUCUGUGCUAUGCUCCAUGCCAAGGCUGAGCUGGGGGCGGGGGUCCCUGUCCCUUUGUCUCACUUACCCCAGCAGUGCAUCGCCACCAGGUCUUCCCUGCAGGCCCCACUUGCCACCCUCAGCUCUCUGCCAGCCCCCCACACACACAAUCUCACACCCUCCGUUCUCCCAUCUUGUGUCUAAGCCCCUUGCCACCGGCCACCUCUCCAAUCUGCUCAGGUGUCAGACCCAGUGGACAUUAUGUUGGUUUGACUGGAUUUGACUUUGAUUCUUUGAAACAGUCUCCACUGCAAAGGUGCACCUCCCUCACCUUCCAGGCCCCACAUUCCUGGAUUCCCUUGAACCUGUUUUAGAAAGGCCAAGCGUUGGAUCCACUCUCCUCCAUCUCACAGCCCGGGGCCUGCUGGAGGGUAGUGUGUACCCUACCCCAGGAGGCUGACUGCAUUCUGCUACCGUGGGCUUAGGCAGGCCACCGCUGACUGGAGGUGGGGCUGGGCACUGGCAGGCAACUCCUGCCCCCUUCCCUUAGCAGCCUGCUGGAGUGGCAGCCCCAGGACAAUGGAUUUCUCAAUGCUGCGAGCUAGGUGUGGUGGUGCAGGUCUGUAAACUGACUCUAUAAGACCCUGUCAUGAAAUAAAAUAUGAAAAGAGCCAGGGAUGUAGCUCAGGUCCUGGGUUCAAUCACCAGUUCCAAAAACAGGCUGGGGAUGUGGCUCAUUGGUAGAGCACUUGCUUGGCAUUCACCUUUGGAAAAAUGCCAGGCUUCCAUGUAGCCAGGGAGGAUGGAUAGAGGAGGGUAGGCACCGCCUAUGGGCCUACGUAACUGCUUAGAGCUCCCCUUCCACCCCAGCACCUCAGCAUGCAGGGCGGUGAAGGCUGGGGGCGGGGAACUUGUGCUGCUCUCACAGAGGCUGCUGCUGUCUUCCCUUGAAGAUUCGCCUGCUCUCCCCUGGGGACACACAAGGACUUGGCUGACUUCUGCUGAGCAAGUUGGGCAAUAGGUGGCGACAUAACCCACUUCAUGCUUUCCAGACAAACCUGGUGGCCCCAGGGACACUAUGUAAUGCCCUCCUUGGCUACAGUGGGCACAGCCACUGAGGUUGGGCACAGCCAUACAACCAGCCAGCCCUCAAAUGGUGUCAGAGACCAGCCUGGGAGGAAGCAGGAAAGGCAUGGCACAGAGAGUGUGGACUGGAGGGACAGCGCAUUGCAGAGACUGAGAGGCACAGGGCAAGCAGCAGGCAGUUGGGGCAGCACUGUUGGCUAUGGAGUCCAGACUCCUCUUCCCCAGGUGAAGACCAGCUGGAGGAUCCUUUGAUCUCCCCAGCUCCAGAGCCAGGCUGGAUUCCAGGAAGAGGCAGGCUUUUUCCUGGCACCUGCUCUCACUGACCUGUUAGGAGUGCGCCUGACCACUGAGGCCUGAUGAUCAAGGCACCAUCAGGGCAGACAGGCAGUGCAGGCAUCGCUGAGCAGAAUCACCUGUGUCCCCCGACUCCCCAUGUGUGUGGCACACACGCACAUCUUUGACCUAGGAGGCAAAGAUGCCAGAAAGACAAAAAUGUCAGCAGAUCUAUAAGCAUUUAAGAUGAUGUACAUGUUGUAAUAAGCUGAGAGGUGUUUCAUUUUUCUUAUAAGUGAAAUGUUAAGACUAAGGAUGAACCGGCUGGAUGUGGCAGCACCUGCCUGUAACACCAGCACUCUGGGAACAUGAGGCAGGAGGAUCCCAAGCUGGAGCCCAGCCAGAGCAGUUUAGUGACUUAGACCAUAUCUCAAAAGGAGGUGGCUCAGUGCAAAGGCCUUGGGUUCGAGCCCCAGUAGUGUGGGCAGGGCGGGGGGAGGAGAGGAAAGGGAAAGGCGUGCCGCAGCUGCAGUGGGUGAUGGACUCUGCUGUCUCCCAUCUUGCCCAUUCCUAGCUCUCUUGCUGGGCUCAGCCUUGGCCCUGGGCUUGCACAGCCAGGUAAAGAGAGAUCAGACCCAAGGAUCCCACCCAUGCAAACAGCAGAAACUCAGGACCAC